AUGCCUCCGAGGUACAUCGGCUGCUACACAGAUGACAAGAAACCCGGAAUGAGAGACCUCCAGUUCAGUAGCAUCGACGGCCGAAUGACUCCCGUCUUCUGCAGCGAUGUCUGUUACCGCCACAAUUACACAGUCUUCGGAGUACAAUAUCACAACGAAUGCUACUGUUCACAUUCGUACGGAGCGUAUGGAGUUGGAAAUGGAUGCAGUUACACGUGUUCUGGUGAUUCGCGCGAAAUCUGCGGCGGAGCAUCGAUGAAUAGCGUUUACUCUGUUUGUGACAAAGGAAUGCACGGAUUGAAAUGCAACCUGAAAUGUCCUUGUGCUCCGCUGUGCACCUGCCACCGUUUGAAUGCCUCAAUCAUCUGA